CACCACAGCAACCACAAUGUUAUGCAAAACUCAGUGAAGCUGAAACGAAAACUUGCCUUUAUAUAUUUGCUGACAAUGCUUAUUGGCCACAAUUGUUGACUGAACUUGCACUUGACAAUGUGGCAACUUGUGCUCGGCUUGUUGCAGCAAUUAGUUGCCGCUCCAGCGAUUGUUGUGGAGCGCAACAGCUUUGCCUACUACAAAGUGCCAAUGGGCAUGUUCGACUUACACACAAACACCUCGAACUCUGGACUAUAUUACGUGUUGCAGUGUCCGCCCAAGCUGGAUGACUCUAUACCCAAGCCAAAAGACAUGCAGACCUGCAGCGUUGUGGAUCAGUACAGAGACAUUUGGCGCUCGAAGCCUAAAAAGAAGCAGCGCCUGCCCUAUCGCAUUAUGUUGCGUCCCAUAGCGCCGUCAGCUGUGAAGCACAUGCGCUGGGGCUGGCGUCGUUCCCGUGCCAAGCGUCAAAGCAAGACCAAUGAUGAGGCAACACCGCUGCAAUAUCUUGGACAGCCGCAUAGCAAACAGAAGCUGCUUAAGCUAGCCGCUGAUCAUAGCAAAUCUAAACGUGGCAGUCGCACCAAAGGCUAUCAACAUAUGUAUCAUCGGGAUGAGAGCUAUAACGAUCAUAUAUUUUAUGAUGAAUUAGAUACGGAUGGCAAGCAUGUAAAACGCGGCAAAUCAAAGACAAAUGCAUAA